UUGCCCUGGAGUAAAGACCAAAACGAAACCAGUCCUAAUCCAAAGGCAACCCAAAGUCGCCGGCGUUUGUCCAUAUAUUAAGAGUCCGAAGCCGGCAAGCCCUACUUUUUCUCAUUCAAGAAACGACGUCAAUUUUGGUAAUUACAAUGAGUCCCUCCUAAACGCUGAAAGGUCCUCCAUUUUGGCGUGCAAAACGCUUGGCAUUCCUGACCACUACCUGAUUUUGAUCCCUCGACAGCCUCCGUCCGAUGUCGAAACAUUCCCCAUAGGACCCCUCUUCCGUUGCUUCUCAUAUUCCUCUGUUUCAGACCUCCACCUUAACUUCUUCCUCAUCUCGGAAACCUUUAGUUUUCCAAGUCUCUAAUAUUGUCGAAAACCAAUGACCGCCGCAGACCCAAGUCCGAUCCCAUGGUCGACGAUCGGGUGGGUGGUGUCUUGGUACGGCUCCAACAUCGGAGUUCUGCUGAUGAACAAGUAUCUGCUGACGAAUUACGGGUUCAAGUACCCGAUAUUUCUGACGCUGUGUCACAUGACGGCGUGUAGUGUUCUGAGCUACGUGGCCAUAGCAGUGAUGAAGGUAGCUCCUAUGCAAAGCGUGAGGUCCAAGGUUCAGCUGGCCAAGAUCGCCGGACUGAGUGUCGUGUUUUGUUUCUCGGUGGUGUGUGGGAACGUGUCAUUGAGGUACCUUCCGGUGUCGUUUAACCAGGCCGUUGGCGCCACCACGCCGUUCUUUACAGCGGUUUUGGCGUUUUUGAUGAUCAAGAAGAGGGAGGAGUGGGUUACGUAUAGCACUCUCAUUCCGGUCGUGGCCGGAGUCGUCAUUGCUAGUGGGGGUGAACCAAGCUUCCAGCUUUUCGGAUUUAUUAUGUGUAUUACUGCAACAGCUGCCAGGGCAUUCAAGUCAGUACUUCAACAAAUUUUACUUUCUUCUGAUGGGGAAAAGCUGAACUCAAUGAACUUGCUGUUAUACAUGGCACCAAUAGCUGUGAUCUUUUUGCUUCCUGCAACAAUGUUUAUGGAGAAAAAUGUUGUUGGGAUCACACUAGAUCUUGCCAGAAAAGAUAUCAAACUUAUUUGGUACCUCUUGUUCAAUUCUUCUCUGGCUUAUUUUGUCAACUUGACCAAUUUCUUGGUCACCAAACACACAAGCGCUUUAACUCUCCAGGUUUUGGGGAAUGCAAAGGGGGCAGUUGCUGUGGUUGUUUCAAUUAUGAUAUUUAAGAAUCCUGUUUCAAUAAUGGGGAUGUUGGGCUAUGGACUCACUGUUGUUGGAGUCAUUUUGUACAGUGAAGCCAAGAAGAGGUAUAGAGUUGAACAUUGAAUUGAUGAACCUAUUUUCAUUCUUUCUGGUACAAAUGCUUGGAGCCAAUGCCCUCCUGCACCCUUCUAACUUGGACUAUUGUAUGGGAAGUAGAUCACCAAGUUCCCCAAAAAACCAAUAACCCUGCAGAUGUUCAUCAGCAGCAGUAAAUGGAUUUAUAACAAAGGUUUGAUCUUCAACUCAUUUUGGGACAGCGCAAAGGUUUCAACCAAUGGCUAUUAUAUCAGAAGAAUCGAUCAAAUGACUUUAGUAUUCUGUUUAAUCUGAAUGAGUUGUAGAAGCGUUGGUAAACAGAGCUUGAAUGAAAAAGGAAGAACAAAAGUA